CAUGCAACAGCUUUUGUGCAUAGCACUACUGCUGGCUGCUGCGUUCCCAUCUUUGGAACUGCAGUGUAUUUUCUCCGAUCAGACCCCAGGCCUGCCUGAAAAUAUACAAGAUGAAGUGCUCAAGCUCAUCAAUAACCGUCGAGAAAAAUUAGCCAAGGGAGAGCAGAUGAACGGUGCUUCAAGGAUCUUGCUGCCGGCAGCAAAGCAGAUUAGUUUUGUGAAGUGGAGCUGUCAACUGGAGGAAGAAGCAGCAGCUGCAAUCAAAGCUUGUCCGAGAAGUGAGCCUACAGUACCAUCUGGGAAGACAGCAUUCUUCAAUUUCUACUACAUUGCAUACAAGGAGAAGGAGUUAAUACCCUGGAUGCAGAGUACCUGGUUGUACCCUAUCGAUGUAUCCGAAUUUCACUCUUCAGCUUUUGAUAACGAAGUUGUAAGAUAUGUGGCUUCCUAUGAGCUGCGAGCAUAUGCAAACCUUGUACGCGAAGACACAACUGAAAUUGGUUGUUUCGAAGCAAAAUGUCUUGAUGCUAGGGGAUACGGACCAAUCACGAUAUACUGCCUAACUAAUCGACCGGAGUUAACGGUUUCUGAUGUGAUUUACCACCUUCCUAUACCGGAUACAACAAUCACUACUAAAAGUACAACAAAGACCACUACACCUGUAGUAACAACCACUACAGCAAUGCCAGUAACGACCACGACCAAGUCAUCGAUUACUACAACUGGAGCUACGACAACCGCUGCACCCACAGUAUCAACUACAACAUCGAAGCCAGAAACGACCGAAGGCAAGAACUUAACUACUACAACUACGGCUGCAGUGACCACUACAUUGCCGGAAACCACGACCGAGCCAUCAGUUACUACAACUGAAGCUACGACGACCACUGCACCCACAGUAUCAACUACAACAUCGAUGCCAGAAACGACCGAAACCAAGAAUUUGACUACUACAACUACGGCUGCAGUGACCACUACAUUGCCUGAAACCACGACCGAGCCAUCAAUUACUACAACUGAAGCUACGACGACCACUGCACCCACAGUAUCAACUACAACAUCGAUGCCAGAAACGACCAAAACCAAGAAUUUGACUACUACAACUACGGCUGCAGUGACCACUACAUUGCCGGAGACCACGACCACGAAGUCACCGAUUACUACGACUGAAGCUACAACAACCGCUGCACCCACAGUAACAACUACUACAACGACGCCAGUUAUUCCACCACGCAAGGUCACUGUACCACAAGAGUUGCCUGAGUUUCCUCUCACAGACUCAUACAAGAGAUGUCACAACAAUAUGAUGAACGAUGAGCUCAGAUUCGCGUUUUUGGAUAAGCAUAACUAUCGCAGGGAGCAGCUGGCUGAAGGAAAGGUCGCCAAGAGGAACGGCAACUACCUGCCCCAAUCAGCCGACAUGCAAAGAAUGAGAUACGAUUGCCAACUGGAAGAAGACGUCAUCAGUUUUGUAAGUACGUGCCCGACAGCCAAAUCAGCUGAGUAUUCGAGGCCCAAUAUUGGGGAAAAUUUUGUUCGUUUUCCUAAGGAAGGUUUGGCGACGUUCUUGGCUGCGGCUAAAAAGGCUGUGGAGUCAUGGUGGAAUGUCAUACUUACUGAAGAAGGUCCUGGUUUGCAACUCUACUUUAGACAUGUACACGUGGGCACUCCGAUUGAAUCUUUCACACAGAUGGGAUGGUCUACGUCAAGCAAGCUUGCUUGCGCUAUAGCACUAUGCAAAUCUGAUUUCGUCGUAGUUUGCCGAUACUCUCCCAAAGGUAACAAUGUGGGGCGUGUCAUCUACAAAAAAGGAACGCCUUGUACACAGUGUGCAGCUGGCUCUUGGUGCACGAAAGAUGCGUUGUGCACCUUCGAGUGAAAUUAUUUUGCGAGCCCCUCUUUCUGAUUUAUCAAGUCUCUAUUGAUCAAUCAACAAUCGGUCAAUAAACUACAUCACAAU